ACAAUGCAUCAAUCUAAUGAUUUAUUGGAUUAUGAAUCAGUUGAUGAAGAACUUGAUGAUCAUAUUUGGAUGGAUGAAGAAAUUGAUGAAAAAGCUGAUACUGAACUAAAAAAAGCAGCACAAAACACAAAAUCUAUUACUUUUUACUUAUCUUUAACCAAUUCUUUAAGGUUUAAUGUUGCUUCGACAUCUACUCAUAAAUUUUUAGCUGUAGAUGCAGCAGUGCAAUUAAUGGAGACAAAUUUGGUUAAUGAGGCUGUAGAUACAAUAGUGAUUGAUGAGGAUGGAGAUACAAUAAUGGUUAAUAAUGCUGUAGAUUCAAUAGUUGAAUCAGCGGAAAUAAAUAUGAAUGAUGAUAAAGCCUAUAUAAAAUGA